AAACCCGACUCAUGAGUCACCACGAACACUAAAACGAAUUUCAUUAACGACUUCAGCUAUAAAUAUCUAAGCGAACUGGUUUAGUUCAUCAAACAAACUUUGACUUCACUCAAAUCACAACAAAACACAAACCAAACUAAUCCAACAUGUUCAAAUACGCCGUUGUACUAUUCGCCCUCGUCGCUUGCGCCGCCGCCAAACCCGGUAUCCUUGCCGCCGCUCCAUUGGCCUACGCUGCUCCCGCCGCUGUUGUCGCCGCUCCAGCUCCCGUUGUGACCGCCACCAGCAGCCAAGUCAUCGCCCGCAACUACAAUGGCAUCGCCGCUGCUCCAAUUGUUGCCGCCGCUCCCGUUGUUGCCCGUUAUGCUGCCGCCUCUCCAGUGGUUGCUGCCCACUAUGCUGCCGCUCCUUUGGCUGCUCCUCUCGCCGCUGCUCCACUCCUGUGGUAAACGAAAUUAGAUUGAUGUAACAUUUGAGUAAUACGCUUUCUGUGAAAAAUAUAUAAAUUCGAAACAAA